UAAAGAGUCUCGUCAAGUGUGCGCUUAUCACUAAAUGAUCAAUGUUGGUGGUCUUCGUUUCUCGAUUAUCCUAAAGAAACCUUAAAUAUUCAAUGAAAUCCAAUCCAUAAAUAGUACUCAAAUCAGAAAAAGGGCUCUCAAGCUCAGUGUUGCAGUUUUUGAAUUUCGAGCAGUAAAAAUCCUAUCUUACUUAAAGGAUGAGUCAGCGUGGCCGUGGUUGCUGCCCAGGCUGCAGCGCAGAAUAUUUUAACAGAUCGAAACCGCCAAAUUGUACAAUGUGUGGAUACGCGCUGGGAGGAAGAUACGAACAAACUUCAAAAAAGAAGAAGUCUCUGUGUCCCUUAGCCGUCAAGCUUACAGAAUGUGACUUCAGCGUAAAAACAAGCAACAGAGAUGACCGUUGUUUUGUUUCAACAAAUGAAAUUCUCUGGUUUUGCAGUGUCGAAGAAUGUAAAGUGAAGAGGUCAUUGUUUGAAAAUUCCUCCCGCCUGGAAGAGUUUUCGUGCAAGCACGUGCAGAAUGCUAAGAACAAUUCCGUGGAUCCGUUAGCCGUUCUGACACCUCACUUGACGACUUUCCUUUGCAGUAAUUCGGUCAGAGAGCAACUGAAAGCCAUCGUUGAAGAAGAUAGCAAUCGACAACCAGUCAUCCAAGUGUCAGAAACUUCAUACGUGGUGUUAGGGUCCGCCACGGCAAGCAACCCAUUAGGCUACUGCCAUGUUCGCAAGAGCUCCAAGCGUGAUGGAGAAUAUGUGUGCGCAGGGAAAGAUUGCCGUGGCUAUUCCUCAAGAGCCAAGCAAAAGAAAACAAAGUCGAUGUGCCAACACGUACUUUUACUGCGUUCCUGCUUGCAGCCAACUGAGAGUGCUGCACCAUCUGAAUCUAGGUUUCCAAUUUCAACCCCUUCAUCGAUCCCUGAAUUACCAGCUCAGUCUAGUAAAUCGCAAACCAAACGAGCUUCAACUCUUAAUUUAGCAGAAAAGAACAGAAAAAUGCCAUAUAACAUCCCGCGUGAUAUACUUAAAAAAAUUGCGAUGAGAGACGCUUGUACAUUACUUAAUGUACAGGGAGGAUGGCCCGAUCUGUUUAUCCCAGCGGAAGAGACCUGUCAGCUUUGUGGGACGUCACUAGGAAUGCCAAUUGACCAUCCAGGACCACAUACGGAUCAGCCGUCGUAUCUUAUCACUGAACUGAAUCCUUUCAGAAAGGUCCAAUUGAAGGUGAAAUUUUGUCAAUCCAAUGAAUGUUUGGCAAUGCAUCAGGCACAAGUUGAAAAACUAGGAUUGUUCAACAUCAGUGAUAAGAUUUUGGUUUCGUUUGAUAUCCUUCUGGAGUUCAGAGAAUUUUUCAAAAAGGGACACCCAAUAGGAAACGUCAUAGGAGCUAAGUUGAUGACAAUGAAAAGAAAGUGUAAAGGAGAAAACAAUCCGACGGACAAUCAAAUUGUAUACAUGGAAGAUCUGCUAUACAAUGGAUUUUUUAGUUUUGAGUUGGUAGCACAAAGGAGCUUGGAUGAUGUGAUAUGUGGAGUUUGUGGAAUUUCUCCAGAAAUAUAUCUUGGAGAUAGAAAUGAAAAGAACUGUUGCACGAAUAGCCAGAUCGUUUAUACGAAAAAGGGAGAACCUCAAAAGUCCAUGAUUUCCUUGGAAGAAUUACUUGCUAUUCUAAGACGUCGCUGGCUAGAGAAAACUGUUUAUACAAGGAUUCAAGAACCUUUUUCAAUAGCGUUAGAGCAAUUGCCACCACUUAUACCGCCUAGCUUGGGAAAUGAAAAUAUUCUCAACACUGAAAUUUGCAAGAAAAGUGUUUACCUAAAGUCAAACACGCAACCCACAGGUGACCCUGCCCUUCUUCAUAAAAUGAUUGUUAGUGGUUCCAUCGAAAUGGAGAAAAUUAGCAGCUAUACCAUGGAAGAUGUCGUUCGAGCUUGUUCAGCGUGSGGAAUACCAACUUCAGGAAAAUCCAAGGAAUAUCUGAGUGGAAUGUUGAACAGUUUGUAUGAGGCAAUAUUGGUUGGUGUCUGCCCUUGCCAUGGAUUUGGUAGCCUCCCAGGCCACACCGGAGGAUUUUAUCAUAUUGUCUGUCGUCAUGGGACAACAGUUGCAUCAAAGUUCCUUACUUUAACGGAAUCGGUGAGGGAUGCUGCAGAUUUGUACCUUUCUUUAAAGUACCCACCUACUGUAUUCAUAAAUGACACCCCAYGUGGGUUUGUACGUCACCUUGAGUGCAGAGAUCCAGCAAAAGCAAAGCAAUUAUGGGGAGAUAAUGCUGGUUGUUUUGAGAAACCCGAGGUCGGAAAGGAACCAUGCAAGGACCAAAAUGUCCCAGAGCUUGUAACCCCAGAGUACAGCGAUAGCUCUCUUGAUGGACGUACUGGGAAACAUUUCGUUCUUGGGGACAGAUUUCACGCUGCUGCAGAACCCCAUAAAUCCCCUCUUUGCGAAUAUCACGACAUUAACUUAUGUCUUCAAGCGAAUGCCAUUAAAACAAGCACACAAGAGUMGCAGAAUAACAGAAAAAACACAAAGAGAUUAAGAAGCUCAUGUAUGCAGAGCUUUGAAGUGCACAUCUUAUAUAAUUACUUAAUGGACUAUUACCAAAAUGAGGAAAUUGUAACGAAACAAAGAAAGCUCUUAGAAAAUCAUUUGGGUCGAGGUCAAACUUUAGUAAGAGACGACUUACUUAGGUUUAAAAUAAAUGUAGAAUAAAUGCAAUUGCCCUAUUUCAUAACAACGUCAAAUCAAGCUAUUGUUUUUGACUGGGGAUCAUGGUCACCGGAGGGGGAUGGAAAGACACAGCACAUUUAAAUCACAAUAAAAUUUGGUUUAUGAGCUGGUAAAGGCAAGAGCAGCAAAAUAUGACGCUAAAUAUCUCGAAAUAAGAGAAUUAAGCUUMAAUUUAGAAUAAAUUUAUUGUUUUCUCCCACUGAAGUUUGUUUACUACGACUAAAGGUCAGUCUAGCCYCCUUAGCAGCCACGUUCUUAGUGUAGAGAAGUUGUUGCGUGACGACCCUAAUGUCUGCRAAGAAGGAUAAGGUCAGUCAYAUCAAAGCAGCUUUAUUCGAGGRUAAUAAAGCACCAGCACUAUUUCAAUAGCAGAGGAGACUCUAACCCCAACAAUUCACACUAAAUUUCGCCCGGACAAGAAAUAAAAACAUGCUACUAUACUACCUUGCCUGAAGUGCUUAAUCAACCAGAAACUCGAUCAUUCGGCAUUAUAAUAACUUUCAAAUACGGAAUUCAACUCGAGAGAGGUUUUGAGGCUUCUUAACUUUUCUAUUAGGAUACUUCCAAAUGACGGAAGGGUACAAUAAAGUAAAUAAAGUUUAUAAUCGACSAGGUUUAUAAUCUCUAUGUUCGAGUGUGCUACAACAGGAGUUUACUUUAUUGAUACUAACAUAUUCGCUUACAAAUAUACCGCUAGCCUGUGAACGCCGAAAAUCCAUUACCUAGAUUGGCUUCUCAACCCUUUUACAAAUCACGAAACUGCGAUCGUGAAGUCGGACUCGAAAGAUGAAUUUGGAAUACAAAGUUCAAAAUUAUAUUCGUAGAUUCCAAYGURGCCGGAGUCUUAUCAAUAUGAUACGUCUUUCCAAUUGGUGGACAACCCUGACCACCGCUAAGCCUAUGUGAACCAAUCAGAAUCACGCUUGCAAACAGUGAAGCCUAACAGACUUCAACACGGUUUUACUAUUGUUUUCUAUAAUUUGACUCAAUAAUGUGUUGGGAAUGAGGUAGGGAAUGGUGUUUUGCAUGUUUAACUUCAUGGUGGAGUCACGGCUUAUGUUCACUGUAUUUUCAACAGCUUGAGUGACGGUAGGUGCAGCACUUGAAGAUGACUUGUCGCCAGUUCCAUCAUUUUCUGUUGGCUGGUCUGUAAUACAUAGUAAAACAUGGACGAGAGACAUAUUUCUCUGUGUUUGAAAUGUUUGGUCUUACUGGAGUGCAUCUUGCACUCCUGGCAAGAACUAACAAUUUUUCUUUGCCCUUUGUUUGUGGUCGUUUUCACGUGGCAAUAUCCAAUGGAAUUCGUAGAAGAAGCAAAUCCAUUGAUACRAUAAGAGCUCUCUGACACUUGGACUCUAGAUGAAAGUAAAGAAGUUUGCAUCACAUUUGAGUGUGCUUUUGGUCAGCUGGGCACACUUGUAAGAAGAAAUAAGUUCCUCGGAUCGUUGAUAAAUUGUGAGUGGUGAAACAGCUCCCGUUAACUUUGAAGUGUGGGGGCAUGAGAAUUGUUGUGGGUUUUGGCUGUUCACAUGCAGAGAUCUAGAUUGAAGGCAUUUAUUUAGAAGGCACCGACAAAUACCAUCAUCCUCAAUGACAAAACACCUGGAAUCUUUUCGUGGGCCUUAACGGAGAAUAUCUUGAUGCCAAGAUGGUGCCACGAUGGUUAGCGACCAGCACGCAGUCUGGUGUGUUCGGCUUUAAUUUCUUUUCUUUCAGCGUGUAUGAUCCGCCGAGAGGGAAUCUGCAGUCCUGGCAAUUGACUCAUUUUCCUCCAGGUAGCUUGCCAAUUCUGGAUUCUUUGCGAGGGAGACCCAUGAGUUGUAGUCCUCACCGUAACUUUCCCAUUUCACUAAAACCUCGCCUUCUCUCCUCUCUUUGACCUUCUCGAUCGCCCACAGCUUCUUUCGUAGAUUUUCCUCUCUUUAUCUUCGUCUUUUAGUAAGAUGUCGAUGAUUUCGGCAUCACAAAACAUUUCCUUUUCUGUAUUUUUAUCCAAGCGUCCAGAAAGUGUUAUGAAUGUCAUCUUUGCCCAGAUACAGCAAGUUAGGGGAAAACCGGUCUCCCAAAUAUGGAAUGCAUUAACCAUAUAUGAGAGAGUAAACGCCAACUUUUUCAAUUCAAUGUUCCAUAUGCCGUGGCUUGUAGUGGUUGAAAAAACUGGCUUUGCAAUAACUGCAAGAUCCUUGACCACGUUCACUCUAAAAGAAAACAGAACAUGGUCUAUCCUUUCAUCUUAAAGAUCUAGAAUGCCGACUCACACGUUAUGAUUUAUACGUCCAAUAACAUUCAGUAUUUGUAACCAAACAUACCAUGUAGAAUAGUCACGCGGUGGAGAAGUUGACGGUGAUCCAAGCGAAUAAAUACUAAGGAUAACUUGAUGGUGAUCCAAGCGAAUAAAUACUUCAAAAGUUAUUGCAAAACAAAUUAGCAAGUACUCCAAGCUUUGAUACUUCAAGCGAAAUAAAUUCAAAAUACACAACAAAAACUAAUACACCAAUUGUGAUUGGUCCUAUAUGCACCAAUCAAAACAGAUAUUUACUAAACAAGGGAUGUGAUUGGUACGAUACCGUCGAAACCGUCAAUUAGCUACGAACCAAUCACAGCAAAGGUUACGAGAAGCGCUACACUACUGCUUGGUGAUUGGGUUAUUUGGCUAUGCUAAAUUAUUCUCUUCUCUUGUUGACUGGUUUCAGGUCAAGGAAACUACAUAGUAUAUUUCUCGCUGCAUGUCAUUUCCCGAUUGCCUUCAUACGGAGAGCCAAAACUUGUUUACCUGGAAUCUUUUACUUUAGUCCGAUGUAUUGAACUUCGAAUCUGAAUGCUGUGAAUGACACUCUGUAGUGACACUUUAUGAUCCAAGUGGAACCUAAGCCUUGUCUUUUAGUAACAUUUUCAAGAAGUUCUAAAUCUCCAACACAAAAACGACAACACGCGGGUUGCUGAGGAUGCGACUGUAACUCUUUCGUCURAAUAAUAACUCUUCCAGCAACUUUCUCUCAAGAAUCAGAAUCAGAGUUGGUUCGGUAGUGAGAAUUCUCCUUUCUUUGAUGUGCUAUUUUUUCGUGACUAGCACUGGUUUGCAGUUCAGUCGUAGCAUUAUCUUCCUUCAAUAAAGCUUCUUCUUGGUUAUAAUAGGAACCCAAGUCACUGUGUGCCAUUCACAACAAUUUAUAUGUGUCAGUUUUCUGGCCCUUUUUUCUUUUAGACUUCAAACUUUUUGGUAAAAAUGGAUUCGUACGCUUUCGGUCUUGUGCUGACAUAUUACUCAACCAUCAUAAAAGUGACUAGAAAAUUAUAACCGAGAAGUACAACAACCAUAACAAGUAUCAAAAACUCUCCACUCGUGGCAAAUGUCUGAAAUAGAGGAUUGUCGAGCCGAUGAUCUAAAAUUGGUCUAAAAUGCUCAGUAUUGAGCGAAUGACCUAGCUGGUAAAUGUAAAAAUGUAAAUGAUGCUCAGUCAUAGCAACUUGAUGUAAUAGCGACGUGUGACAGGUCGUUGACAAGUGAUGUCAACAGAUAAUUAAAGACAAUUAAAGCUAAAAACCGUAAUUUAUUUUUUACUYGCUAUUAAAAAUCACUAGCGAAAAUGUUUUGGGGGAAAUUUAAGAAUAUUAUAUAUUUUAUCGGAAAAUGUAAAAAUGCAAAAAUCGAUACUUUUGAGCAAUUUUGGGGUUCCCUCCCGCRGGGGUUCCCUUUUACCUUAAAAACCGCAUUAAGUCAACAUCAAUGGUUACUUCUUCAUCUAAGUUAGACUAGACAUUUUUCCCCUUUUUUGCUUGAUGUGACUCAUCCGGCCUUCGAUUUCCUGGAGCAUAAAGACAUUGUUUGAAUGUCUGCAAAGAUUGCUACUCUAAACGGAGGAAGAACUUUUCACACAAUUGCCACAUUUCACUCAGAACUUAAAACAUUGACAGGAUUUACAUAUGAACUACAGAACACGAUUUAAAAAGAAAGCAAAACAAAAACUUCAAACUUAAAUUUUAGUUGCAACAGCAGCAAUGUGGCUGAAGAUGAUUCCCAGUAUUUCUCAUAUAUGUCUCUAUAGAGUAGGUGCAUGUUACGUCAUUGCCGCCAUCUUGUUUGACGAUAACAAAGCAUUCAUUAGCUUCUCUUGUUAGAUCAGCCAAGAUGGCGGCAUAUCUCAAGGGAUUAUGAGUCACAUGGUUGCACAUACUCUAUUGACUGAGGUGAAAUCGAAAUUAAAUAAUAUCAAGCAUAAUAGAAACAAUUGAGGUUUCUAGUAUAACAACAAAUUACAUCUGACAAACCAAACCUAUUGAAAUAACACUUGGUUAAGGUAUUGAGGUUGACUUUGCAACGGAUUAAACUGCAGGUUGCAGGUUUGCAGCACACAGUACAUUGUGACUGAUCUUUUCUUCUGUGUAUGUCUUCUUGCCUUGUCUAAAAGUGUGAUUAUGCUAUUUUGAUAUUUGGGAGCACGCGAUGGGAAACGUAUAAUGGGCCUAAGACAGAAAACCAUGCAAUCUGAUUUCCAGCUUCGUAACCAWCUAUAAAAAGUUAUUCAGUGUGCGUGUGUGAUGCAAUAAAGUAUUGUCCCAAAAGGGGAAAAUAUUGUAUGGAUGAAGGCUAAUAUACCCUGAUGAAUGCCGAUGAAACCUGAUGACUGCUGAUGAACCCUGAUGAAUGCUGAUGAAACCUGAUAAAUGCUGAUGAACCCUGAUGAAUGCUAAUGAACCCUGAUGAAUGCUGAUAAACCCUGAUGAAUGCUGAUGAACCCUUAUGAAUGCUAAUGAACCCUGAUGAAUGCUAAUGAACCCUGAUGAAUGCUGAUGAACCCCAAGUAAGUAAAAUAUGCAUAUUAAUGACUGUAGAUGUUUGUGGGUGGGGAAGCGGGUCCUAUCUGGAUGAAUCACCUGCAGUCACUCUUAGAAUGUUCAUGUAUAUUAAUCAUUGUUUUUGAAAUUUACAGAGAAGAAGAAUAAAGUAGAAGAAAUGAAAAAAGACACUGGUAUGACUGCGGUUUUUGAUACUCUGCGACCUCAGUAGUUAGAAGCUUCACGUUGAAAUUUGGUUUUUCACUGCGUUCAAUCAAGAAUAGGGACCUUAAGCUGCAGGACGGCACCGUUGGCGACAACGUCGGCGAAGUUGAGGCGCUUCAGCCUUCUAUCGUAUUUAUAUUUCGUGUUUACCUUGUAUUUUACUCAAUAAGCAUCCCCGUUUUAGAGUGAAAUAACGUCUUUUGGGAGCGCUUUACUUAUAACAAAAAUCAGCAAAGAUAAGCUUUUGGCGUAGCCGUUCUCUUUAGUACGUAAAAAUAGGACAUUUCACGUCUUACUUUCAGCAUAAGACGGCAAUGAUGCACAGUGUUUCGUACAUUCCAACGAGUAUCUAUUGAAUAGCGCAAUUACUGCUAUUGUAUGGUUGCCGUCGUUGUCCUUUUUUCAGUAUCCUGUACUAGUAUUUUAUACAAGCAACACAACAGCUAUGUCUUUAGAAUACCAAUCAAAUGGACAGUCCCUGAGGUUAUUAGUUCAUCCUAUACAAAACAUUUAAGGGUGGCCCUCAACACUUUGUUGGGAACCACUUUUCCUUAAGGGGAGGGUAGGUUUGAACUUUUGAUCUCAAGGACCUUUGUCUAGCUUACCCUAAGGUCAAAAAAAUUUACAAAAAGACUUUUCAAAAAUUUAUGUGAAUUUUUUACUUUUUUAAAGCCAAUUGGAUUUUAUCUUUUUCUGUAUUCUUGGUUGACUUGUCCAGUUUUUCCUUUAAGACCUGACCACCUUACCUGGGAUUUGAACCUUGAUAUCGCCACUUGCCUUGAAGUCUCUCAUACUGUACUGUAUACCAUCAGUUAGAUUGUUGAAUGGUUAGGUAUCAAUGUACCUUAAAUCAUAUAGCUCUUUAAUAACCUGAAUGAAUUACUCAAUUAAAGUUCUUAUGAAUACU